AGUAGCGGCCCAGUCGUUCUCGAGACCGGCAAUUCAAGCGAGCUGGUUGGAAAUUUGGCGGUAUUGGCCGGUGCCACCCUAGCAAAGGAUGAUUCGGGCGGUGAGGUUCUGUUAGGCGCCGGUGGUGGAAGCAGUCCUCAAGGUGGGGGCAUAAACCUUGAGUCAGGGGGGUCAACAACUCGGAGCGGGGUCGUGAGUUGCCUAUCCAGCACUGGCGCCUGCACAGGGCAACUAAGUAUCUGCACGGGGAAUGCCACGAGCGACUCUGGGCCAGUAGUUGUCGCAACAGGUGCAGGUAAGCAACCGGGCGAAAUAUGCGUUACCUGUGGUUGUGCACACAGUGGCGCCGGUGCAGCUGCAACACUUACCGGUGGAAUGAGCGGAACUUGCACGGGAGGUUCUGUGAUUCUGCGCUCUGGCGAAAGUGCACACUUUAGCGGAGCAGUGCUUGUAGCAUCAGCUAAUUCGGGAGGCGAGGCGGGUUCGAGUGGAAGCCUGGAAUUUCAGAGUGGCACCGCUACGUCAGAAACCUCUGGAUCAAUCGUAAUUAAAUCAGGGAACGCAACGACGGGCACCGCUGGCGCUAUCAACAUGAGUGCUUGCGGUGAGACUGCAACUUUUAUCGCUGUGGCUGGUUAUGCCCACCAAUCUGGGGGCGCGGUUUCACUUCGAACGGUUCGGGAGUCGGCGGCAGAAGGUGGAGAGUUCGUGAUCACGGGCGGGUCUUCGACACUUCAGGGUGGUGAUGUCAAGUGCAUCAGCGGUGACGGGCGGUCCUCUCAGACGGGAGCAGCUAGUUUCUCCUCGGCGCACACAAACGCCCAAACAGGUGCACUCGAUGCUUUGACCGCGCCUACAGGGACCGGAAACUCGGGCAUGCUGCGCCUCAGCUCGGGUGAUGCGAUCACUGGCGACCAGGGCGGUGCGAUUAGCUUGCUCGUCGGCUCUGGAGGUUCGGGUAUUGGUGCAGCUAUCUGUGUCGCUGUCGGAACGGGGGCCGGGGUCGCUGCAGGUGUAUCCAUCUGCUCUGGAUGCGGUGGUACGACGAGUGGAAGCGCGCGGCUCGAAGCCGGGGACAUAUCCCUGCGCUCUGGAGAUGCGUCUGCGUCUGGCAAC